CCUUAGUUUAGUUCGUUCAGUUGCGCUAUCUCUUCACCACCCUCUCUCGCUCUCUCUCUCUCUCACUCUCUGUCUCUUCCGUCUCUCGCUGUCCUUCUCAUGUGCUCGUGCGCGAGUGGUCGCGACCGACGCUCAACUGUUGCCGGAAAACAAUCGACUGUCGACGACGCGGAUGACUUGAUCGACUCGGACCAUGCCUCGGUGCCUCAUGGCGAAGAAGUUCAAGGCGUACACGUGGCCUGAGCGGCCUGAGCCUGAGCCGGACCAGGAGGAGGAUGAGGAGGAGAUCGACGUCGUGGGGGACGCGCCGAGCUCCUGCUGGGGCCCCUCUAGCCCCACGGAGGGGGCUACGGCGCCUAGUCCACCGCCAACUUCUCCGCAUGGGACUACGGUGCUUUAUAAUGGUUAUCUUCAAGAAAUUCCCCCUUCAAGCUACACAACAACUUAUGUGCCGAAAUCUGAAGCGUCGAAUCCAUCCUACGUCACUUUACAAAACGUGGGAGAAAAUCACGAACUCAGACCGGAAUAUGCACCGCCUAUCAGGCAAAGAAAAUCCCUGUCCAUGACUUACACCAGUACAGGCACCGCUCUGAGUUUACCGCCGAAAAAGAAAGACAUCUACAGACCUUACUCCCUGGAGGACAAACCAUCCCCACCUUUCUUCCCCCACGCCAUUCGGGUACCAGCUGAAGAGGACCUACACGCUGCUCACGCCAUCUUAGACUUGAGUGCGUCCACCACAGUAUUCCUACCACCACCACCUCAAGUCGAGGUCCACCAAGACCACGAAGAACAGCCACUGAGGGUAUCAACCCCCGGCGGAGACAAACCUGGCGGCAAGACUGUCGCUUACACCUACGAAGCCUUCUUCGUGAGCGAUGGCAGAUCGAAGAAACGCCAUCCCGAUGAUCCUACAGCCACGCUUACGCCCAAGGCUAUAAUCAACGAGAAACCCAAGUACACUUGCAGUGAGUGCGGUAAACAAUACGCCACCUCCAGCAACCUGUCCAGGCACAAACAGACGCACAGAAGCCUGGACUCGCAGUCAGCCAAAAAGUGCAUGACCUGCGGCAAAGCUUACGUCAGCAUGCCUGCGCUAGCGAUGCACGUGCUCACUCACAAGUUGGCACACCGUUGCGGGGUCUGCGGCAAGCAAUUCUCGCGGCCUUGGUUGCUCCAAGGCCAUCUGAGAUCCCACACAGGGGAGAAGCCUUACGGUUGUGCGCAUUGCGGUAAGGCUUUCGCCGACAGGUCGAAUCUGCGUGCACAUAUGCAGACCCAUUCGGCUGACAAGAAUUUCGAGUGCCCAAGGUGCCACAAGACUUUUGCCUUGAAGUCGUACCUCAACAAGCAUCUGGAGUCGGCUUGUCUCAAGGAAGAGAUGCCAGGCGGUAAUGUGAAGGAGGAGUAUGGGGUGCCUGAACUCAGUAUUGCAACUCCGAUGCCUGUGAGGGUUUACGCGGGCUAGGUCACUAGAUGUUUUAUGGUAGUGUCUAGUUCGACACUAUACCGUGGAUCUUUUUCUCAGAAUUCCUUCAAGCGAAAUACGAAAUCAAGGUACCCUGGUAGCACAUCAAAUUGACUGAAUCCUGAUUUUGAAAAGAGCCGAUAUAGAUACCAGGUGUCCCAAGUUAUCGUAUACAAGCAAACUGCAAUGAAUGGCAUUGAAGAACCUUCCUCAUUUCAUUUAUAAAAAUCUAUCACAUUUGACAGUUCUCUGGUAGCAAUUCCUCACUUUUUAUAUUAUAAAAAAACCAGCAACAUUCAAUGAGGUAUAUGAAUUUCAACUGAAAUAUCUUUUAUGCGAAUCUGAAAAUGAACUGAAAAUCACAAAAAUAAUGUUGAUAUGAGAAGCAUCGGCUUUUUGAAACGAAAACAUGAGCGAAACGAUUUUUUUAUUUUCAUAAGGAUAAUUAAGUAACUCGAAGCAAGUCACCACAUGUUGAUAUUUCUGUUGUUAUCAAUAAAAAAAUACCAAGUAUACGCUAUCGUUCUAUUCCAAAUUGAAUGACACGUAAUUUACAAUGACAAUAAAAAGGGGGGUAGCAGCCAGAUACCUGUCAAAUAUGAUAGAUUUUUUUAUAUGCCAUUAGAAAGGUACUUCAAUGUCAUUCAACGCAGGUUUUGAAUUUUGCAAUUAUCUUGUCGAAUACACCCGGUAUAUUGAAUAUGUGGAACUAAUAUUGGUCCAAUAUAAGAAUAAAUUGAAGAGACAAUAUCGGAAUGAUAAUAUUAGUGGAAUAUUGGUUCAACUUGGGCUAAAUGUGGACUGUCAGCUACAAUAUUGAAUCAAUAGUGGUUGGAAAGUUCGUUUUCAAUAUGUGGAAAAACAUUUAUAUGAAUAUCAUAUAAUAUUGUUUCACGAAUGUCGGUACAACAACAUCGAAGAGAUAUUGUUUUCAACAACUAUAACACUCCUUUUGUCGAUUCUGAAGCAGUUAUGCAAAAUUGUAUAUUUGAGUUCAAUGGCACAUUGGUUGAAUAUAUUGUUUCAACAAUUGGUGUGAAAAUAUUUCACCAAUGUUUUCAAGACGACAUUGCAACAUGCUGAUUUUCAAUAAUCUACCCACAUGUUGAAACUAAUAUUGUACCAAUAUAGCCGAAUUUUCACAUUUUGCUCCUCGCCAAUAUUACGUUGACAAUAUUUUGCCGAUAUUUUCUCAACAUUGCACGGAUAUUGUGCCAAUAUAUGUGUGCUACUUUCUCAACAACACAGCUCAACGUUUCUCGUGGAUUGUUCCACGAUAAUUUCGCGUGGAUUUUUCCACGAUCAUUUCGCG